UCUUCGUAACUGCACCUUCUGCACGUAAAAUGACACGAAUAUAUGAUUAGACGUUGGAAGAAAGAAGAGAAAAGAGAUAACGUUGCUAGCACCGCAGCGGGAAGGUUUAGCUUACGAAGGAUAAACUGGGAUAAACCUCUUGCGAACCUUCUCGUCACUUAUCGUCAUCGUUCUAACAUUUGAGGUUUGAGAACCACGUGCCGCGAACACGUGCAUCAAUAUUUUUAGCGUGACGCGGGGGGAGAAUUCGGAGACUCUUGUCCCCUCGUAGACGUUGUUUAUCUCGUGUUAGUCAGUGUUACCUUCGCUAAUUGAUCGAGCAGCCGAUUAACCGGUGUUGAUUUUUUUCUUUCCUCCCCCCCCGGUUAGAUGCAGGGCAGGCAUACACCGCCGUUGUCGCCCGACGUGAAAGCUCCCGACAUGGACGGGAUGAUUAUCGAGGACGAUAUGGUCGAGGAGAUCAUUGAGCCGGACGACUCGAUUUUCGAGAGCGCGAGCUCCUCGUCCGACGAUGAGGAUGAGAACUGGAUGAGCGAGAGCUCGUCGACGGAGAAUCUCUCGCAGGAGGACGCCGUGCGUGUCUAUCGCAACCACGCGUCCGGACACUCGGUGUUUUGCGGCUCGUUAAGCAAGAACGGCGAGCUAGCGGUGACAGGGGACGAAAACGACAAGGCGUAUCUCUGGGACAUCAACACGGGCGAGAGUAUUCUCUGUACCGAGGGCAGCCACGACGACAGCAUUAUAUUCGCUGACUUCAACUACAGCGACAAGUAUGUGGCCACGGCCGAUAUGAGCGGCGGAAUAAAAUUGUGGCGGAUAAGUGACAGGACUUGCGUAUGGGAAACCUCCUUGGCGAACGAUAUCACCUGGGUAAAGUGGCACCCUUUCAGCGACAUUUUAGUAGCAGGCGCCAUAACGGGAGAGGUUUAUAUGUUGAAGGCACGGAAGGACGAUUGCAAAGUCUUCGCGCAGGGUACCGGCGAUAAAUCGGAGACUGGUAUAAUUCUUCCAGAUGGGAAACGCGCGGUAAUUGGAUAUCGGAGCGGCACGAUUCACGUAAUAGAUUUGAAAUCGAGCACCGUACUAUCCACUACUCCCCCUGAUCAGACGCGUGUGCGUGGACAUGCAAGCGCCGUCAUUGCUCUUGACUGUCACAUGGAAAAUAAUCUGUUGAUUUCGGUGUCAGUGGAGAGCCAGACUAUCCUAAGCACAUUACAUAAUGGCAAGGUAAUAUGUGUGCUUCAAGAUUUGAAUGGAAAUGAAACUGAGAAAAACAAUAAUGUGGAGACCGUAGCUUUUUGCAAAGAUCCCACAUUCCCUACCGCUGCAACCGGUACAGUCGUGAACGACGAAUGCGGAAAAAUUUACAUAUGGGAUACUUCUAAACAAACCCUCAGACACGUGAUGGAGCAAGAAGGAGGUGUCGUAAAAUUUGUUUGGGUCAGAACGAUGUUGUUUACAGCGGGAUUAGAUGGUAAACUAAGAUGUUUCGAUGCGAAAGCAGGUCAGUGCCUCCGGACAUUCUCAGGACACCGAGCGGCCAUAUACGAUUUGUGUAUAUCCAGUGACGAGAAGAAAGCGCUAACGGUUUCCGACGACAGCACUGCCAGGAUCUUUGACAUCUCGUCUAUAUGUUAACGUAACGCAAAAUGUAGAAUAUCGAACUAUUAAGGAACAUAUGUAUAUAUAAUAUAUAUAUUCGCAUCUA